AGGAGGUUAACGCUGACGGAAUACAGUUUUCUUACUACUGUUCUGCACUUGGAAAUAAAUGUUUCUCAUCACCGUUCUAUCACUCACUUUCACCACUACCGCCAUCAACAUUCACGCCGAAGAAUUCCCAGCCUACUUCAAGUUCGGCAUCGGUACAUCAGCCUACCAGAUCGAAGGUGGCUGGAAUGCCGAUGGUAAAGGCGAAUCCGUUUGGGACCGAUUGGUUCACACUGAACUCCCCGCAUUCAUCAGCGAUGGCAGCACCGGAGACAUCGCCUGUGACAGCUACCAUCAAUGGCGCAGCGAUGUCCAGAUGGUGAAAGAACUUCGACUGGACUUGUAUCGAUUUUCGAUCGCUUGGAGCAGAAUCCUCCCUUCGGGUUCGGCUCAUCAAGUGAACAAAAAGGGGAUCGAUUACUACAACAAGCUAAUCGAUGAACUUCUCUCCAAUGGAAUCACCCCCAUGAUAACGUUACUUCACAUGGAUCUACCCCAAGGCCUGCAUGAUCAAGGUGGUUGGCUGAACCCCGAAAUCGUCCAACACUUCUCCGACUACGCAAACAUUGCCUUUGCCAACUUUGGCGAUCGAGUGCAGCUAUGGACAACCAUCAACGAACCUGGCCACUACUGUAUGAGCGGCGACAAGGUGAUCACAGAUCCAUUCCAUCCAGGAAUCACCGAGUAUCACUGCGCACAUAACCUACUGAAAGCUCACGCGGAAGCCGUUCAUUUGUAUCGAUCACGCUACCAACGCCAACAGAAUGGUAGCAUCGGUAUUUCCGUGGGAGGAAUGUGGCUGGAACCGGAAACCUUCAGCUCCCUGGAUGAUUGGGAAGCCUCCGAGUGGGGCCUGCAGUUCGAAAUCGGAUGGAUCGCUCAUCCAAUCUUCUCUGGAGACUACCCGCAAGUGGUUAAGGAUCGCGUGGGUAAUUUGAGCGCAGAGCAAGGGUUUCCGAAGUCAAGACUUCCGAUGUUUACGCAGGAAGAAGUGCGACGGAUCAAGGGAACCGCAGACUUUAUCGGCUUGAACACCUACACUUCAUCGUUGGUGAGGAAGAACGGCUGGGCCAACUCAGCAAAUUAUGUUGUGCCCUCCCAUGAUCAUGAUUCGGGGAUCGUCAGGAGUGUUGAUCCCAGCUGGACAGCCACGGAAGCAUCGUGGAUAAAGAUCGUUCCAUUCGGUAUGCGGAAACUGCUCAACUGGAUUCGAGUGGAGUAUGGUAAUCCACCGGUGUGGAUUACGGAAAACGGGGUCGCUACCCUACCGGGUACGGUGGAUGAUCAACGGGUGGACUACAUGAAUGGUUACCUCGGUGCAGUUUUCGAUGCCAUUCAAGAUGGUUGCAACAUCCGUGGAUACCUGGCGUGGAGCUUGAUGGACAACUUUGAAUGGUCGUUCGGUUAUACCUUGAAAUUCGGCUUGUACCACGUGGAUUUCAAAAGUCCAAAUCGGACUCGAUAUGCAAAGAUGUCAGCCAAAGUGUACCGGAACAUUGUAGAAACCAGACGAAUAGAUGACGGAUACCGACCUCAACCCGAUGUGGUGAUUCCAGUGCCCUCGAUGGCGACCAUUGUACUACCAAGAGUCAUGUGUGUUGGCGUCCUUUUGUGGGUUUUAAUGUGAGGAUCUAAAGCUCUUUCCAACCUUUGGCAGGAGCUUAUAUGUAAAACCUUAUUGCCAGGAUUUCGAUUCAUACUUUCACAAUAUGAGCCUGUGCAAACAAUGGUAAAGAUUGAUGAACGUUUAGA